AUGAGCACUCAGUCCGGCCCUCACGUAUGUCCUACAACAUCCACAUCUACAGAAACGCCAACAACUUCAGCAGCAGCACCAACAACUACAAGACAAAGACAAAUAACUGCCACAAAUGCACCACCAACUAUCACAGACACACCUAAAACUACCACAGACACAUCAACAACUACCACAGAAGCGCCAUCAACCACCUCAACACAGGAACCAACUACAAAGCCGCCAACUACUACAACGCAAGAACCAACAACACAGCCUUCAACUACUAAAACACAGGAACCAACCACAGAGCCUACAAUUACAACAACACGGGAACCAACUACACAGACAACAACAACUACAACGCAGGCAACAAUUACUACAACACAGCCACCAACUACUACAACACAGCCACCAACUACCACAACACAGCCACCAACUACUACAACACAAGCCACAACUACUACAACACAGGCACCAACUCCUACAACACAGGCAACAACUAUUAUAACACGGCCAUCACAGGCAACAACUCUCAUAACACAGGCAACAACUACUACAACACAGCCACCAACUACUACAAAACUGCCACCAUCUCCUACAACACAGGCAACAACUAUUAAAACACAGCCAUCAACUCCUACAACACAGACAACAACUACUACAACACAGCCACCAGCUAUUACAACACAGCCACCAACUAAUACAACACAGCCACCAACUACUACAACACAGCCACCAACUACUACAACACGGCCUCCAACUACUACAACACAACCACCAACUACUACAACACAUCCACCAACUACUACAACACAGAUACUAACUGCUACAACACAGGCAACAACUGCUACAACACAGGCAACAACUACUACAACACAGCCACGAACUACUACAACACUGGCAACAACAACUACAACGCAGGCAACAACUAUUACAACACAGCCAUCAACUCCUACAACACAGGCAACAACUACUACAACACAGGCAACAACUACUGCAACACAGCCUCCAACUCCUACAACCGAGCCACCAAGUACUACAACUCAGCCACCAACUCCUACAACACAGGCAACAACUAUUAUAACACAGCCAUCAACUCCUACAACACAGGCAACAACUACCACAACACAGCCACCAACUACUACAACACAGCCACCAACUAGUACAACACGGCCACCAUCUCCUACAACACAGGCAACAACUAUUAUAACACAGCCAUCAACUCCUACAACACAGGCAACAACUACUACAACACAGCCACCAACUAUUACAACAGAGCCACCAACUACUACAACACGGCCACCAACUACUACAACACAGCCACCAACUAUUACAACACAGGCAACAACUACUACAACACAGCCACCAACUACUACAACACAGAUACUGACUGCUACAACACAGGCAACAACUAAUACAACACAGGCAACAACUACUACAACACAGCCACCAACUACUACAACAGAGAUGGCAACUACUACAACACAGCCACCAACUCCUACAACACAGGCAACAACUGUUACGACACAGGCAACAACUACUACAACACAACCACCAACUACUACAACAAACUCACCAACUAUUACUACACAGCCACUAACUAUUACAACACAACCACCAACAACUACAACACAGAUACCAACCAAUACAACACAGCCACCAACUAGUACAACACAGCCACCAACUAUUACAACACAGGCAACAACUACUACAACACAGCCACCAACUACUACAACACAGAUACUGACUGCUACAACACAGGCAACAACUACUACAACACAGGCAACAACUACUACAACACAGGCAACAACUGUUACGACACAGGCAACAACUACUACAACACAACCACCAACUACUACAACAAACUCACCAACUAUUACAACACAGCCACUAACUAUUACAACACAACCACCAACAACUACAACACAGAUACCAACAACUACAACACAGAUACCAACCAAUACAACACAGCCACCAACUAGUACAACAGAGCCACCAACUAUUACAACACAGGCAACAACUACUACAACCCAGCCGCUAACUACUACAACACAGCCACCAACUCCUACAACACAGGCAAUAGCUGUUACAACACAGGCAACAACUACUACAACACAGAUACCAACCACUACGACACAGCCACCAACUAGUACAACACAGCCACCAACUAUUACUGCACAGCCACCAAGUAGUACAACACAGCCACCAACUCCUACAACACAGGCAACAACAACUACAACGCAGGCAACAAUUACUACAACACAGCUACCAACUACUACAACACAGCCACCAACUAUUACAACACAGGCAACAACUACUACAACACAGCCACCAAGUACUACAACCCAGCAGCCAACUACUACAACACAGCCACCAACUCCUACAACACAGGCAACAGCUGUUACAACACAGGCAGCAACUACUACAGCACAGCAACCAACUACUACAACACAGCGACCAACAAUUACAACACAGACACUAACUAUUACAACACAUCCACCAACAACUACAACACAGAUACCAACCACUACGACACAGCCACCAACUAGUACAACACAGCCACCAACUCCUACAACACGGCCACCAACUCCUACAACACAGGCAACAACUACUACAACACAGGGAACAACAACUACAUCACAGCCACCAACUAUUACAACCGAGCCAUUAACUACUACAACACAGCCACCAACUCCUACAACACAGGCAACAAUUACUACAACACAGGCAACAACUACUGCAACACAGCCACCAACUACUACAACACAUCCACCAACAACUACAACACAAAUACCAACCACUACGACACAGCCACCAACUAGUACAACACAGCCACCAACUCCUACAACACGGCCACCAAUUCCUACAACACAGGCAACAACUACUACAACACAGGCAACAACAACUACAACACAGGCAACAAUUACUACAACACAGCCACCAACUACUACAACACAGCCACCAACUAUUACAACACAGGCAACAACUACUACAACACAGCCACCAAGUACUACAACACAGCCGCCAACUACUACAACACAGCCACCAACUCCUACAACACAGGCAACAGCUGUUACAACACAGGCAACAACUACUACAGCACAGCCACCAACUACUACAACACAGCCACCAACUAUUACAACACAUCCACCAACAACUACAACACAGAAACCAACCACUACGACACGGCCACCAACUAGUACAACACAGCCACCAACUCCUACAACACGGCCACCAACUCCUACAAUACAGGCAACAACUACUACAACACAGGCAACAACAACUACAUCACAGCCACCAACUAUUACAACCGAGCCAUUAAUUACUACAACACAGCCACCAACUCCUACAACACAGGCAACAAUUACUACAACACAGGCAACAACUACUACAACACAAGCAACAACUACUACAACACAGCCACCAACUCCUGCAACACAGCCACCAACCCCUACAACACAGGCAAAAAUUACUACAACACAGCCAUCCACUAGUACAACACAGCCACCAACACCUACAGCAACGCCACUAGCUAUUACAACACAGCCACCAACUACUACAACACAGGCAACAACUACUACAACACAGGCAACAACUACUGCAACACAGCCACCAACUACUACAACACAGCCACCAACUACUACAUCACAGCCACCAACUACUGCAACACAGCCACCAACUACAACAUCACAUCCACCAACUACUACAACACAGCCACCAACUACUACAACCCAACCACCAUAUGCAACAUCACAUACAUCAACCACACAGCCACCACCUACUUCAACACAGCAACCAACAACACAGCCACCAACUACGACAACACCGACUACAACUCAACUAGUAAUUACUUCAACACUGGAAACAACAACACAAACUACAACCGGAAAACUAGCAUCUUCAGCGACCCAACUAAAAACUGGUGCAACGCAGGCGCCAACUACCAUUACACAGCCACCAAUUACUACAACUCCAAAUGGCACAAGCGCUGGGACAGCUGCGUCUAGAGUAUCACCACAAGUUGUAGUACCUGCUUCUAUAGGCGCCGCUGUACUGCUGACAGGGGCGAUAAUUCUGGUGGUGAUGUGUUUUAAAAGACGCUCAGAUAACGAAUCUGACGACAAAACUAUUUAUGAGGAGAGCUUGUUCAGCAUUCCAAGACCUGAUGUCUGGCUGUACAAUAAUUUCAGGACGGACAGAAGUUGGGCAACCUUUAGCGAAGAUAUGUAUUCCAGCACAUACAGGCUCAAUCCUAUGACAGACGAAGUUAUGUCAGUCGAUAGUACUUAGAUUUAUGCCUGUAGAUAUACAAUUAAGAACAAUGUAGCUGUGUAGUGUAUGAAAAGAGCUUAGACGCAAGCCGAAUAGGCAUUACUCUAGGGCUGGCGAAAUGCACAUAUCUACGGGUGACAGAUUUUUAAUAUACCGAUGAUGCUUUGUAUGUCACGGGUAAACUCACAGAAAUGUAGAUAUGUAUGUGGCUCAUUUCUGUGAAAAUACUGCGAGAAUCAAGUGUCUUGAAAUGGGUGGAUUGCAUACUGAGGGACAGCUACAUAUACAGUUUUCUUUUGCUUUAUUUAAUAAAACUGAUAUAGGUAUUUCUUGGACCAGGCCGGGAUUCGAACACGGAUUUUCUGCCUUUAGGUUUUUCACCAUCACGAUCAAAUGGAAAUUUGCGAUGCUUGCUGCUAGUAUGAGCAUCGAUAGCUGCUCCUGUUAUAUAUACAUAAUACGUCUAUAAAUGUUUUUUGAGUCGCUUUUGAAUUCAUUUUGUUGUGAUCUAAUU